AAUGCGCUCUUGCCGGCUAUGGCGAUGGCGGCGAUGACGACUAAGGCGCUGGAAUGGCGCUCUCCCUGGCGGCGCUGGCUCGACGGACCUCGGCUGCCACUCUCGAUGCGGCGAUUCUCAGGUUCUUAUCCUCCUCCGCUGCUAGGUUCUCCACUCCAUCGCCGCCCCGGAUUUCCAAGACUCUACCCAAUCUCGACGCCAUCGCUGCCGCAUUGCGAAGCAGCCAGCACGGGGAGGUGCUGACGCACAUCGGCGGACGCCUCACGCUCUUCCUCUUCCUCAAGGUGAUUCGCAGCCUCAGGGACGCCGAUGCGUGGGUGAUCUUCUUCGACUGGGCUGGCGCACAGCAGGGAUUCCUCCACAAGCCAGUCACUUGCAAUGCGCUGCUCGAUUUGCUCGAGAGAGCUCGCCGGAGCGAGCAGAUUGUGGUGGUCUUUGGGAGGAUCUUCUCGCAGGACUGCAAGCCCAACGCUCUCAGCUACUGCUACCUGGUGAAAGCCCUGUGUAGGACGGGAAAGAUCGACAAGGCGUGUAGCACCAUAGCCGAGAUGGCCAGGGAGAAGCUGGUCCCGGAUGUUUUCACGUACAACGUGGUGAUAGACACACUCUGCAAAGCACGGAGGAUCUCUCGAGCGAUCGAGUUCUUCGAGACAAUGCCCGAGCCGGAUGUGGUCACCUACAACACGCUGCUUGGUGGGCUCUGCAAGAACGGCAGAGUGGCUCAAGCGUGCUCGUUGUUUGGAAGCAUGGAGGGCGCUGGUAUCACCCCAAGCGAUGUGACUUACACCACUCUCAUCGACGUCUUCUGCAAGAUGUGCCAGUUUGAGACCGCCUACGGCCUCCUCCAGCUGAUGGCGUCGAGGAAGUGCUCGCCGACCGUCUACUCGUACUGCUCGAUCAUCAACGGGCUGUGCAAGAACAGGAAGGUGGAUCAAGCGUAUCAGCUCUUCGAGGAGAUGAAGCUAGCGGGUUGCAAGCCGGACAGAGUGACUUACAACACUCUGAUCCACGGGCUUUGCGUCAAGCAGAGGCUCCACGAAGCGAAGGACCUCCUGACGGUCAUGGUGGAGAAUAGCUUCCAGCCGGACAAGAUCACUUUCACGGCACUCAUCGAGGGCCUUUGCACGACGGAUCGGAUUAAGGAAGCCUUCGUGCUGUUCCAAGGCAUGGCAAAGCAGGGAUGCGCUCCGGACCUCGUCACUCACACCGUCCUCGUCUCCAAGCUGUGCAUCCGGCGGAAGCUCCGCCCGGCCUUGAGUGUGGUACGCAACUAUCCGGCCUGUCCCGAGGCAGUGAUUCUUUACACUCCCAUUUUCAGGGAACUCGGGAGGAGGAGAGGCUUUGACCGUGCGGCAAGGCUGCUACAGAAGAUGGCCAGGAGAGGCGUCGCUCCAAACGUUGUGACUUACACCGCGUUCUUCAAGGGGCUGGGCGACUGGAAAGAGGGAAUGCGAGCGUACCGGGAGUUUAGGCGGAUGCUCGAGCAGGGAAUAGAGCCGGACAUGGUGGCUUACAACGUUCUGGUGGACGGGUUUUGCAAGGCGAAUAGGCUGGACAUGGCAGAAAAGAUGGUGAGGUACAUGGAUCAGAGUGGACUCCCUCCAAACAUCGUCACUUACAACACGCUCGUCGGCCACCACUGUAGGAAGGGGAAGGUGGAGGCCAUUGGCGAGCUCCUCCACACCAUGGUUAGCAGGGGCCGGCAGCCCGACGUUGCGACUUGGAGCACGCUGGUGGCGGGGCUCUUCAGGGUCGGGCAAGUGGACGCGGCGUAUAGCUUUCUUAACUUGGCCAUGUCCCAGGGCUACACUCGGGAAGCCUUGAGGUUCAAGGCGGCAACAAAGUUCAAGUGGUGAAUGGCGUUGACAGAAGAGCGUACGUUUUUUGGAUUGUAAAUUCUAAGGUUUUCCACACAGGCCUUAGAACCCAGCGCAGCAAUGAACGCUAUAGAUGCCAAGAAACACCCUGUGCGCUCACACACCUCUGAGGCUCAAGAACUACUGCCACUAGCGAGCUAGUGUCACCUUCGGGAUCAGCUACUCACUGCCGAGCAAUCUCGCGCGAAAGAAGUGUUUGACAGCAUGAUCCAAUACGUGCUGCGAAUAUCAACAAAAACAUCAAUGAACUGAGAAGUCACAUACCAUGAACACAGUCCCGGCCAGGGCUUCCCGCGGGUUUAAAGUCUUGCUCUGUAACUCAAUAUGGAGAUCAGUUCAAGAAUCACAUACCUUUUUUGUUCAUCUACAACAAAAACAGCAAAGUCGCCUCCACCCGCAGCAACAAGCCUGUUGCCUUGUAUUUGUAGUUCUUUUCCUGAAACGUUCUUCAUUAGCUUGA